UAGGGCUUUUGGCCCAAAAACCCUAGGGCCUGUAAGCGAUGGAUUUUUCUUCGCCCUCUUCCUCCUCGAAUGACGCGAUGAUGGAUCAGCUCAAGAACCAGCUCGCGCAGGCCUACGCGCAGGAGUUCUUCGGGACCGUGCGCGAGAAAUGCUUUGCGAAAUGUGUCACCAAGCCCAGCAGCAGCCUGAGUGGAUCCGAGAGCAGCUGCAUUUCAAAGUGCGUGGAUCGCUACAUCGAAGCCACCGGGAUUGUGAGCAGGGCCCUCUUUAACGCCACCAAGUGAGUGAGUGAGUCUUAUACUCGCUCUUGUUCUCUCUCUCUCAAUCCAUUUUUCCUUUCAUCUCUUCGAGAAUCCAGACUCUCCCUUUUCUA